GAAGCAGGAAGAAGGAAGCAGGAAGAAGGAAGCAGGAAGAAGGAAGCAGGAAGAAGGAAGCAGGAAGAAGGAAGAAGGAAGCAGGAAGAAGGAAGCAGGAAGAAGGAAGCAGGAAGAAGGAAGCAGGAAGAAGGAAGAAGGAAGCAGGAAGAAGGAAGCAGAAAGCAGGAAGCAGGAAGAAGGAAGAAGGAAGCAGGAAGAAGGAAACAGGAAGAAGGAAGCAGGAAGAAGGAAGAAGGAAGCAGGAAGCAGGAAGAAUGA